AUGCAUGCUGCACUACCACCUUUGCCAACUGGUUCAAUUGAUAAAAAAAAUAGUACAGAUAUUGACGAGGAAGAUAAUUCUUUGUAUUAUCCUCCUCCGUAUAGUUUUGAAUAUGAAAGCAAUUAUACCAACCCAGUGUCGCCUGGGCCACUAGUGCCAGGCAUAAUUUUACCACCGCCGCCAAAUUUCUUCGCUCCUCUAAUGGAGAUGAAAAUAUCGAUGAGCACACCUACUAAUUCUAAAAAGAAUGUUAUCAACUCAAGCAUAAAUGAACGCACUAAAAAUAUGACUUUUUCCAAAAAAAAAUCUGGGCCUAUUAAUACUACUCAAACAAAUGUCCUAAAAUAUAACAUAGAAAUUGAAAAGGUUGUAGUAAAGUCAUUCCCCUCUAACAAUGAUACAAAAUUGAUUAAAUCUGUGCAACCUACUCAACCUAAGCAUUUUCCAAAAAUUCAGAAUAAGACUAAAACACCUGCAAUUCAACUACAAACCGAUAAUUUCGUUGAAACCCCUCCACUAAUUUCAUUGAAUCAACAAAAUGUAAAAGGUAAUCCUAUUUACUUUGAAUAUUUUGAUGCUAGAACUUCUUCUGUAAGUUCUGGAAAUGAAUACUCCUUUACUACUACUACUAAACCAUUGACAUCAACAACACCUAAACAUGUAUAUGGAACGACCACGGCUUUUACUCCAAUCAUCAUACAAGUAUCUAGCAAGCGUCCACCGAAUAAAACAUACAUACCGAGCAAGCAAAAAGAAUCAUCACGCAUAAUACCAAAUAUAGAAAAUCUUCGCUACAAAACUAUGCAUGAAUUCAAUAAAGAAAUAGAAAACAUUCGUCACACACUUCGCUUGUAUAAAAAUUCGGCACCACCUGUAGACAAUUAUCGAAAAUCAAAAGCAAGACCCAACUAUGAAUAUCCGUUUGGAAUAUCGCCUACUAGGGUGCCACCUCAAAUCCAAACCUCUUACAUUCAUUCGCAAUAUAGUGAUCAAUUUCAUCCGGACGUUAAGUAUCAACCCUAUAAUGCUGGGUUAACUUAUCAUUCUACUCCAAUAGGAGUUUCACAUCACGAUCGUCUUCCAACAUACGAUAAACCUGACUCGUACGAUAAUAAUUUUAAUCGUUAUCGAAAUCCUUCCUUGAACGUUGAAAUAACUAGCGCAAACCCUCAUUUAGAUUUAACAUUUCAAACAGCAAAACCCAGCACCCAACUCAACCCAUGGCCCCAACCAAAUUGGUUUAGGGUAGAAAAGUUAAAGUGUUAGACAUUCCCAAGCCAUUAAUCUCUAACAAUGGAGCGAGUGGCUA